AUGCGACAACAUUUUAUUAUCACAACAAAGCUGGCCUUAAUAGUCGACCAAAUGCUUUCGCCAUGUUUUCAGGGACUCGUAUAUUUGAACUGGAUGAGCGUCGUUUUCCUGGUAAAGGUAAAUCGGAGUAUCCAAAUUCAUGAUGGUGUAAAAAGAAAUGAAACUAUAACUUACGAUUUCGUCGAUCAAAAUUAUGCAUCAGUGAUAGCAGAAGAUUGGGUUGGUACAUUUAAUUGGCCAAAUUGUAAAGGUUAUGGCGAUCCUCCCACUGAUCAUUACGGCGGUUUGCAGUAUUUUGCUGAUUUUUUUCGUAAACACGUCAAAAAUUUGGAUUAUUCAUUUGUAUUUCUAAUGGGUGAUCAUGGAUUACGAUUUGGUAGUAUUCGAGAAACUGUAGUUGGUGAAGCUGAAGACAACAAUCCAUUGCUUACGAUAGCGCUACCAAAAUAUUUGCGCUCAAAUAAGCAGCUUAUUUUGAAUUUGAAACAAAAUUCUCGAAGACAUACAUCCCAUUUUGAUUUUUACGCAACAUUAUAUGAUAUAGCACGAUAUGCAAGGAAAGAUAAUUUCCAGAAAUGGGAUGAACACGAUUUUAGGAGUGAAUUUGGUGAGACAAGAGGCGGAAUUCGUGCAAAGAGUAUGCUGAGGCCUAUUUUAUACGACAGGACGUGUGAAGAAAUGGAAAUUCCAGAUGAGUAUUGCAUUUGUGAGCGAACUUGGUAUAAGUCUGAUAUAAAUAGUUAUGAUGUGAAGAAAUCUGCGCAAUUUCUCGUAAUUUCGGCACAAUACAUUGAGGAGAGGCCAUUGUUGAAAGUAGUUGUCAAGGCUUCACCGAGCAAUGGAAAAUAUGAGGCGCAAUUGUUGAAGGAGAAAAAUAGCCUUAAAAUAAUUACAAAAGUAAUAAUUCGAUUGGAUCAGUACGGUGAACAAGGACAUUGUGCACCUGCUGAAGAUGUUCGACCUCUGUGUUACUGCCGACAGCAGCUUACAACAACACCUGCAACAAUGCAUUAA